GUAAUACACAUACAACUCCAGUUGAAAAAAUGAAUUUCUCCGGUUUCGAAUUUUCCUCGAUUGUUGCCUUCUUCCUCCUGAUCCUUCAGUUGUCAACAGCCGCAGUACUUCCCGCAGAUUAUGCCUAUGGAGUAGCCGAUGAAAUGUCAGCACUUCCUGAUUCCGGAUCCCUGUUUGCCGAACAACGACCAUCCAAGAGAGCACAGACAUUUGUUAGAUUUGGAAAGAGAGCGCAGACAUUCGUAAGAUUCGGCAAGAGAGGUCAAACCUUUGUACGAUUCGGACGAAGUGCUCCGUUCGAGCAAUAAAUGUGCUCGUUUUUGUGUCCGAGAGAGUGGCGGGUCGACUUCAUCAGAUGGCCUAAAAUUCCUAGUAUUUCCUAAUAAUCCCUUGAGCCCCCUAAACGUGUUAAUUUUCAUAACACUUUCUCAGCCCAAAAAUUCCAGUAUUUUGUCUUAUGUCCCGUUUUUUUUUUCACUCUUAAAUCGACACCGAUGAGAUAUGUUGAAUAUGUACGUUUUUUCAUUCUUCUCUUCUCCCUGUGUGUACCAGUGUACCCUCAAUAAAUUUCGAGACCGUUGUUUUCAAUUUUAGCUUGUUUCUGAUUGAUGAUUUGAUUCUGAACUCCAUGAACGAAUUGAUUAAU